CUGGCACCUAUUGUUUGACAGGUCGUUGGAAUGCCUAAUUGGUCAACCUGUUAAAUUGACAGCCCGCGCAAAUUUUUGACAAGACAGUUAAAGUUAAAAUUUAUUUACUACGGAAUUUAGAGUGACCACGGCCGGUAAAUCUUUUAAUGUUGAUCUAAAUUACAUAAUAUACAUUUUGCAAAGUUAAAAUGAGUAAAACGGAUUUACCAUAUUUAGCAGAAUAUGCAAAAACAGGCCGUUCUAGUUGCAAAGGCUGCAGGACUGGUAUAGAGCAAGGAACUUUGCGAAUAGCUGUGAUGGUUCAAUCUCCACAUUUUGAUGGUAAAGUGCCAAACUGGCAUCACUUCGAGUGUUUUUUCAAGAAGCAACGUCCUAAAACCACUGAUGAUAUCGACCAUUUCGAAGGGCUACGAGUUGAAGAUCAGGAUUCAAUCAAAGCAAGGGUCGGUUUAGCUUCAGUUGCUAUCGUUCCAAAUAAAAAAGGGAAAAAACGACCCGGAGAGCCUAGUGCUAAAUUGAAGAAAGAAGCAUUGAAAGAUUUUAAUAUUGAGUAUGCAAAAUCUGGAAGAGCAAUGUGUAGAGGAUGUGAACAAAAAAUUCUUAAAGAUGAGGUACGUAUUUCUAAAAAAGAUUUUGAAACUGACGUUGGAAAAAAGUAUGGAGGACAAGACAUGUGGCACCAUGUCGCAUGUUUUGCACAAGUUAGAGCCGAUUUAGGAUACUUUGAGUCUGGAGAUAAGCUACCGGGCUUUAAUACAUUGAGUAAAGAGGAUCAGGCAGAAGUAAAAAAGGUUGUAGUAGCAAUUAAACAAGAAAACAUUCCCGAAGUGAAAAAGCUGAAAACAGAAGAUGAAAUAGACGGGGAUGGAGAUGACAAGGAAUACAGAUUCCAAAAUAAACUUAUGUUUCAGUAUAGGGAUAAACUUAGUAGCCUCUCUAUCAAAGAAUGGCAUGCGUUGUUGACAUAUAACAAUCAAGAAAUACCAAUUGGAAAAGAUAAGACUCUGGAACAUCUAGCUGACAUAAUGACCUUUGGAGCCCUAACUCCUUGCUCGAAUUGCAAAGGUGGUCAGCUAGCCUUCGCUAGUGGCGGCUACAUUUGUACCGGUAACUUGACGGAGUGGACCAAGUGCGAAAAAUUGGUUAAAGAACCCAAACGGAAGGAGUUCAAAGUACCGCCUGAACUACAAAAAAUUCCGUUUCUCAAAAAAUACAAAUACAAACCUAUGACUAGGAUUAUUAAAAUGAAAGCUCCCCCGAUGAAUGGCGAUGACGUUAAGAAAGAAGAAAAUGAAGGGCCACGCGUUAAAAGGGAGCUGCCGCCUCUAUACGACAUGCAAUUUGUCGUAUUGGGCAGUGCCCAAGUAAAACAAAAUCUUAAAAAUCGGAUCGUCGCCAUGGGAGGUAAAGUGGUGACGAAAAUACAAAAUACCGUUAUGGCGGUCAUCGCUACUCAAGAGGACGUAGAUAAGAUGGGCAGUAGAAUAAGAAUAGCCGAAAACGAGCAGAUCCACGUCGUCUCCGAAGAAUUUUUAGAUGAAGCCAAAACUAAUACAGGAAAAAUACCCGAUUUGAUUAUUAAGAAGAGUAUUUGUGAUUGGGGAUCUGAUCCGACGACUCGUCUGCCAGCAGAACCGUCAGUCAGCCAGAAGUCCAAAUCGCGCAGCAUUUACACAAAAUCUGUGCCGAAUAAGAUAAAGUUGAAAUUGAAGGGCGGCAUAGCGGUCGAUCCAGAUUCCGGACUGGAACACUCCGCGCAUGUCUAUCAAGACGGCGACGAUAAGUACACGGUGGUGUUAGGCUUGACCGAUAUCCAAUCCGGAAGGAACAGUUAUUAUAAGCUGCAGCUGCUCGAAUCUGACAGUCGCAAUUCGUAUUGGCUGUUUAGAUCUUGGGGUAGGAUCGGUACCACUAUUGGGGGGAACAAAACUGAAUCAAAAAAAUCGCUUCACCUAGCUAAAUCCGAGUUUGAAGCCUUGUAUGAAGAAAAAACCGGAAACAUGUGGGAAUUGAGACAUAAUUUCCACAAAAUACCGGGUCUGAUGUAUCCCAUCGACGUAGAUUACGGUGAAGAGGAAAAACAAAACUUGGACAUUGUCGAAUCGGAAUCUUCGUUGCCAGAACCCAUUCAGAAUCUCAUCCGGAUGAUUUUCGAUGUCAAUUCCAUGAAGAAACUCAUGUUGGAGUUCGAAUUGGAUACCGAAAAAAUGCCUCUAGGAAAGCUCAGCAAGAAGCAAAUACAAAUGGCUUUUGGAGUUUUAAACGAGCUUCAGAUACUAAUAAACGAACACAGUACUGAAAGAUCUCGAUAUAUUGACGCUUCCAAUAGGUUUUAUACUUUCAUUCCUCACUCUUUUGGUAUUGAAGAUCCUCCAAUAUUGAAUGAUCCAGAAGUUAUUAAACAAAAAUUAGAGAUGUUAGACAGCUUAAUGGAACUGGAAAUAGCCUACAACCUAAUGAAAUCAUCGGGCUCGGAACACACAGUCGACAGCUACUACAAACAGUUGAACACAGAACUAGGUGUGUUGCCACGAGAAUCCGAAGAGUUUGCCAUCAUCAAGGAAUACGUCCAGAACACCCACGCGGCUACUCACAGUCAAUUCGAAUUGGUAGUCGAUGAAAUAUACACUGUAAAACGUCAAGGCGAAGACAAGAGAUUCAAGCCGUUCAAGAAGUUGCACAAUCGCAAAUUGUUGUGGCACGGUUCCAGGGUGACCAAUUACGCCGGUAUUCUGUCUCAAGGUCUUCGUAUCGCUCCGCCGGAGGCUCCCGUUACCGGUUACAUGUUCGGUAAAGGUAUCUACUUCGCCGACAUGGUGUCUAAGUCGGCCAACUAUUGUUGUACGAAUAACGUGAAUCCCAAGGGGUUGAUGUUGCUGUGUGAUGUAGCUCUAGGAAAUACGUAUGACAGGUUCCACGCAGAAAACAUCACGAAAUUGCCGAAAGGAACGCAUAGUUGCAAAGGUUUGGGUAGGACCCAUCCGGAUCCAUCGCAUGUUAAGAAAAUUGAAGAUGUGGAGGUACCGUGCGGUAAAGGGGUUCCUAAUACGGCUGCAGUAAACGCGACUUUGCUGUAUAACGAAUAUAUCGUAUACGACGUGGCUCAGGUGAAUGUUAAAUAUUUGCUGAAGAUGCACUUCAAAUACAAAUACAACAUUUUUUAAUUUUCCAAGUUUUUAUAUUUAACCUUUUUUACAUUUUUCAAAGUUAUUUUUUUAUUAUAAUCUUUUCUAAUAUUGUAAUCCAGUUAAAUAUUUUUACGUUUACAUAAAAUAAAAUUCUCUAUUCAAUACCAAUGCUGUUUAAUCUAAAAUAAUAUAAUACACGUUUUUGAUGUUAACUUUUACAGUUACUAUUUUAGAUAGGCAUCUAUAUAAUAAAUCAUGUGAUAGAUUAUGUUUCCAUCACUUUAUGUUUAGGCUUAGGUUUAAAUGUUAGUUGUGAUGUUUAAGUUUGUUCUUUUUUAUUAGUAGCUUAGUUGUUCUGUAUAUUCUUAUUGUUCUAAAUUGAAGUAUACACAAUAAAUUAUUUUUCUGCAG